AUGCCGCUACUGAACUGCCGUUGUCAAUCUUUUUCCCCGAUUGCUAUAUUCCGCCUUUCGGAAUGCAGGCUCAUGAAGGUUGGCGCAUACGGCACCCCUGGUCACAAUUUGUCUACAAGUCGCAGUCUCUUGCCAUUGAACGCCAAAAAUUUGGGGGUGUUUGUCUUCUCCCUUGUUGCCGAGUCUUAUGUCGGCAUCCUCGCGGUCAGCGUCUUAUUCGCAGAAACAUUCGCUCUCGCGGUGCGGCGUGUUGACCUCCGCCAGAUAGGUACGGUAUGCACAAUCGACCGAAUGCCUGUCCUUGGCUGCCUGCCCAGCGAACCCGAGAUCGCCGCUGUCAACGCGUCCUGUACCGGAUUUCGCAGGUGUCUGCAACUUUGCGUACUGAAGGGCAAUGCGCCGGCAUUCUCUCUGACAUGCGUGGCGGGCUUCUCGAAGGUCCAUGGAACUCUUCUGUCUGGGUUCUGCAUUGCAUCGGGCGGUCGCAUUUUUCUUCUAGCCUCUCGUCGUUCCAGGGUCAUGUCCGAGGACACCACCAUCGCGAUGAGUCUGGCGCAUCGUCGAAGAGGCGAGAAGGGAAAACGAAGCAUGGGCUGUCGCCGAGCUGGAUUGCGAUUCACAGGGUUUCCAGGCUGGCGGGAUUGUGGCGUUUCGGGGGGGGGGGGGGGGGGGGGAGAGAAUGGGAAGUCUGCUGAUGUGUCUGAGGUUGAUCUGUUGGUUCUCAUCUCCCCGCGCCCAAAAAGUCUCACUCUACCUGCCAACUGGGUUCAGUGA